GCAGCCGCGGGGGCAGCGCCCUCGGGGAGCCGGCCGGCUUGCAGCGGCGGCGGCAGCCGCUCCAGCACCAGCAGCUCCAGCAGCACCACCAGCAGCAGCAGCGGCGGCGGCGGCGGCGUCCCUCGCCUCCUCUCGGCCGUCUUUUCUAACCGUGCAGCCUCAGCCUCGGCUUCUCCUGCGAGGCACGGUGGACACCGUGGGCCCAGGCGGGAGCCGGCGGAGGCUCGGCGGCGGCGGCACCUCCCGCUCCUGGAGCGGGGGGGAGAAGCGGCGGCCGCGGCGGCGGCGGCGGCUGCAGCAGCUCCGGCUCCGGGGAGGGGGUCCGAGCCGCCCGUCACCAUUUCCAGGGCUGGGGACGCCGGAGAGUUGGUCUCUCCCCUUCUCCUGCCUCCAACACGGCGGCGGCGGCGGCGGCGCAUCCAGGGACCCGGGCCGGUUUUAAACCUCCCCUCCGCCGCCGCCGCACUCCCCCUGGCCCGGGCUCCGGAGGCCGCCGGUGGAGGCAGCCGUUCCGAGGAUUAUUCGUCUUCUGCCCAUUCCGCUGCCGCGGCUGCCAGGCCUCUGGCUGCUGAGGAGAAGCAGGCCUCGCCGCUGCAACCAUCCUCAAGCAGCAGCAGCAGCGGCAGCAGCAGCAGCGGCAGCAACAGCAGCAGCAGCCGCCGCCGCAGCAGCCAUUACCCGGCUGCGGUCCAGAGCCAAGCGGCAGCCGAGCGAGGGGCAUCAGCCACCGCCAAGUCCAGAGCCAUUUCCAUCCUGCAGAAGAAGCCCCGCCACCAGCAGCUUCUGCCAUCUCUCUCCUCCUUUUUCUUCAGCCACAGGCUCCCAGACAUGACAGCCAUCAUCAAAGAGAUCGUUAGCAGAAACAAAAGGAGAUAUCAAGAGGAUGGAUUCGACUUAGACUUGACCUAUAUUUAUCCAAAUAUUAUUGCUAUGGGAUUUCCUGCAGAAAGACUUGAAGGUGUAUACAGGAACAAUAUUGAUGAUGUAGUAAGGUUUUUGGAUUCAAAGCAUAAAAACCAUUACAAGAUAUACAAUCUAUGUGCUGAAAGACAUUAUGACACCGCCAAAUUCAACUGCAGAGUUGCACAGUAUCCUUUUGAAGACCAUAACCCACCACAGCUAGAACUCAUCAAACCCUUUUGUGAAGAUCUUGACCAAUGGCUAAGUGAAGAUGACAAUCAUGUUGCGGCAAUUCACUGUAAAGCUGGAAAGGGACGGACUGGUGUAAUGAUUUGUGCAUAUUUAUUGCAUCGGGGCAAAUUUUUAAAGGCACAAGAGGCCCUAGAUUUCUAUGGGGAAGUAAGGACCAGAGAUAAAAAGGGAGUAACAAUUCCCAGUCAGAGGCGCUAUGUGUAUUAUUAUAGCUACCUGUUAAAGAAUCAUCUGGAUUAUAGACCAGUGGCACUGUUGUUUCACAAGAUGAUGUUUGAAACUAUUCCAAUGUUCAGUGGUGGAACUUGCAAUCCUCAGUUUGUGGUCUGCCAGCUAAAGGUGAAGAUAUAUUCCUCCAAUUCAGGACCCACACGACGGGAAGACAAGUUCAUGUAUUUUGAGUUCCCUCAGCCAUUGCCUGUGUGUGGUGACAUCAAAGUAGAGUUCUUCCACAAACAGAACAAGAUGCUAAAAAAGGACAAAAUGUUCCACUUUUGGGUAAACACGUUCUUCAUCCCAGGACCAGAGGAAACCUCAGAAAAAGUAGAAAAUGGAAGUCUAUGUGAUCAAGAAAUUGAUAGUAUUUGCAGUAUAGAACGUGCAGAUAAUGACAAGGAAUAUCUAGUACUUACUUUAACAAAAAAUGAUCUUGACAAAGCAAAUAAAGACAAAGCCAACCGAUAUUUUUCUCCAAAUUUUAAGGUGAAGCUGUACUUCACAAAAACAGUAGAGGAGCCAUCAAAUCCAGAGGCUAGCAGUUCAACUUCUGUAACGCCGGAUGUUAGUGACAAUGAACCUGAUCAUUAUAGAUAUUCUGACACCACUGACUCUGAUCCAGAGAAUGAACCUUUUGAUGAAGAUCAGCAUACACAAAUUACAAAAGUCUGAUUUUUUUUUUAUCAAGAGGGAUAAAAUACCAUGAAAACAAACUUGAAUAAACUGAAAAUGGACCUUUUUUUUUUUUUAAUGGCAAUAGGACAUCGUGUCAGAUUACCAGUUAUAGGAACAAUUCUUUUUUCCUGACCAAUCUUGUUUUACCCCAUACAUCCACAGGGUUUUGACACUUGUCGUCCAGUUGGAAAAGGUUGUGUAGCUGUGUUAUGUAUAUACCUUUUUGUGUCAAAAAGACAUUUAAAAUUCAAUUAGGAUAAAUAAAGAUGGCACUUUCCCAUUUUAUUCCAGUUUUAUAAAAAGUGGAGACAGACUGAUGUGUAUACGUAGGACUUUUUCCUUUUGUGUUCUGUCACCAACUGAAGUGGCUAAAUAGCUUUGUGAAUUACAGGUUCACAUCCUACCCCUUUGCACUUGUGGCAACAGAUAAGUUUGCAGUUGGCUAAGAAGUUUCUAAAGGGUUUUGCUACAUUCUAAUGCAUGUAUUCAGGUUAGGGGAAUGGAGGGGAUGCUCAGAAAGGGAUAUUUUAUGCUGGACACUGGACCGUAUACCAUCGCCAGCUACUUACACACACCUUUCUUUAGCAUGCUACAGUUAUUAAUCUGGACAUUUGAGGAAUUGGCCGCUGUUACUGCUUGUUGUUUGUGCAUUAAAAAAAAAAGCAUAUUGGUGCUAGAAAAGGCAGCUAGAGAGUGAAUUUGUAUUGGGGUGCAGGAAUGAACCUUUGACAACAUCUAAAGAAUCCACAAAUGAAGGGAUAUAAAAAUAACGUCCUAGGUAAGAAACACAGCAACAAUGACUUAAUCAUAUAAAUGUGGAGGCUAUCAACAAGAAUGGGCUUGAAACAUUAAAAAAAUUGACAAUGAUUUAUUAAGUAUGUUUUCUCAGUUAUAAUGACUGCUCCAUCUCCUGUGUAAUCAAGGCCAGUGCUGAAAGUCAGAUGCUAUUAGUAUCUACUCAGUCAACAACUUAGAUUUAUUUCAUUAGUUUUCAAUCAUAUACUUGCUGUGGAUGCUUCAUAUGCCGGCUGCAAGCUUCUCUUUCUCCUUAAAUAUAAAAUAUUUUGUAAUACUGCACAAGAAAUUUUAAUUUGAGAUUCUACAAUAAGCGUUUUUUUUUUCCUUAAAGACUUAUGAUGCACUUAUUCAAUCCAGUAGCUGUCAGCCCUUCUGCCAUUUUGACCUUACACAUUCUAUUACAAUGAGUUUUGCAGUUUUGCACAUUUUUUAAAUGUCAUUAACUGUUAGGGAAUUUUACUUGAAUAUUGAAUACAUAUAAUAUGUAUAUUAAAAAGACAUUGUUUGUGUUAAAAAGGAAAUUAGAGUUGCAGUAAAUUUUCAGUGCUGCACAAAUAAUAAGGCAUUUAAUUUUUCAGUAGUAAUUGUCUUACAUAUGCUUUAUCAAUUUGCUAUUGAAAGAACAGAUUUUUUUUUAAUGUGCAGUGUUGUCAUUUCUUCAUAGUGCUACAGUUGGGAUUAGGGCUUCAAUUUUCACUUCUUAAAUAUCAUAUAUUUGAUAUGCCCAGACUGCAUACAAUUUUAAGCAGAGUAUAACUACUAUUGUAAAGGUAAUGUGAAGAUACUAUUAAAAAGGAUUUCUUUUUCCAGGAAUUUGGUGUCUUUCAAAUUAGACCUUGACAUUUGAAUAUCCAGCCAUUAUAUUUCCUAAUGGUGUAAAGUCCCAUUUUCAAUAUCUUAUUGGUGCUGAAAUUGUUCAAUAGCUGUGGUCUGACCUAGUUAAUUUACAAGUACAGAUCGCAUAGGACCUACUAGAGCAGUAUUUAGAGUUUGAUGGUAAAUAGACUACAUACAGAACUUCAUCUAAAAUAUUCUUAGUAAAUAAUGUUGCAAUGUUUUCCAUAUCAUCAGUUUCACUCAACAAAAUUUUUAAAUUUUUAACAAAGCUCUUUAGUAUUUACACAUUUAUAUUUAAACAUUGAUACAUAGAGUACUGAUUGACUGUUCAUAAGUUAAAUUGGUAAAGUUAGAGAACUAUUCCUAAGAUCUCACCAUUGAAAUUUAUAUGUCACCUUGUCUUUCAUAAAAGCUGAAAAUUGUUGACUAAAAUGGAAACCAACUGAUCAUGUUCUGAAGAUGGUUGUUAGUACUGUUCUUUGUUACAGUUUUGGGCACAGCAUAUUAAAACAUAACGUAUUGUUCCAGUACAUAACACUGAGGGCCAGGUCAUAAAUAAUGACAUUACAAUGGGCUUUUGCACUGUUAUUUUUCCUUUGGAAUGUGAAGGUCUGAAUGAGGGUUUUGAUUUUGAAUGUUUCAGUGUUUUUGAGAAGCCUUGCUUACAUUUUAUGGUGUAGUCAUUGGAAAUGGAAAAAUGGCAUUAUAUAUAUUAUAUAUAUAAAUAUAUAUUAUACAUACUCUCCUUACUUUAUUUCAGUUACCAUCCCCAUAGGAUUUGACAAGAAUUGCUAUGACUGAAAGGUUUUUCAAGUCCUAGUUAAAACUUUAUUUAUGACAGUAUUCAUAAUUAGCCUGAAAUGCAGUCUGUAGGUAAUCUCUCCCAAGUUUCUGGAAUGUUUUUUUUGACUUUUUGGAUGUGCAGCAGCUUAUGUAUCUGAAGUUACUUGAAGGUAUCACUUUUAAGAAAGCUUACAGUUGGGCCCUGUACCAUCCUAGUCCUCUGUAAUCCUCUUGGACUUUUUUGCCAUAAUUUUAAAAGGGUAGUUGAAUAAAUAGCAUCACCAUUCUUUGCUGUGGCACAGGUUAUAGACUUAAGUGGAGUUUACCGGCAGCAUCAAAUGUUUCAGCUUUAAAAAAUAAAAGUAGGGUACAAGUUACAUGUUUAGUUCUAGAAAAUUUGUGCAAUAUGUUCAUAACGAUGGCUGUGGUUGCCACAAAGUGCCUCGUUUACCUUUAAAUACUGUUAAUGUGUCAUGCAUGCAGAUGGAGGGGUGGAACUGUGCACUAAAGUGGGGGCUUUAACUGUAGUACUCGACAGAGUCGCCUUUUACCUGCCAGUUCAAAAGUUCAAUCUGUUUUCAUAUAGAAUAUAUAUAUAUAUACUAAAAAAAUUCAGUCUGUUAAACAGCCUUACUCUGAUUCAGCCUCUUCAGAUACUCUUGUGCUGUGCAGCAGUGGCUCUGUGUGUAAAUGCUAUGCACUGAGGAGACACAAAAAAUAUGUGUACAGGAUAAUGCCUCAUACCAAUCAGAUGUCCAUUUGUUUAUUGUGUUUGUUAACAACCCUUUAUCUCUUAGUGUUAUAUACUCCACUUAAAACUGAUUAAAGUCUCAUUCUUGUCACUGUG